AUGGGUGCCGCAGUUGUUUCAACUGAGGACAUCUGCAUGGACUUGACUUUGAAUUACUCACAGGACGAGGAAGCGGCAAUGUGGCUUCUGUAUUAUCCAGCGGACCAGAUCAUUGUCCCCUUCGUUAUGUCCACGGUCAUGGCCUUCGGCUUGCUGACCAACCUAGCCUUCUUGCUUGUCGUGGUUCGCGUGCAUCGAAUGCGGACGGCUACCAACCACUACCUAGUGCAGAUCGCUCUCUCAGAUAUGGCGUUUCUCAUCUUCGGAGCUGGUGCCAGGAUCAUGUACUUCAGAGCCUCACCGGUGUCGUCAGAUCAUAGGAUGACCGGAGCAGCAGGUUGCAUUGUUAUCCCAUUCUUGAACUCCAUGGCAUAUUUUGCCUCCUUGUUUUUCACGGCUCUGGUGACGCGAGAGAAAUACCUCGCCGUUUGUAGACCACUGGAGCACCGCAUGCUGCGAGGUCGUCCCCGCAUCAUCAGGCUAACCUUAUCUGUGUGGUGUGUUGCGGUCUUGAUUUCGGCCACCUUGAUACCUGCGUCUUAUCUAUUCGAGCCCUUCUGCAUCAAAUGGCCGGACUCAUGGUCAACUAAGACUGACCUCCCAGACAUCGCAGCAAACUGCGCUCCACUCUCACGAAACUGGGUAUGGUAUAACAACUCCAUGCAAACGGUUCCCUUCUUUCUCACCAUGUUCUUGACCAUCACCAUGUGCAUCACCAUCCUCAGAAACCCACACUUUCGGGUCGCACCGGCCCGGGACGGGCAGCACCUCGGCCCGGCCACCGCCCGUAAGAUUCGCACUCGCCAUCAAAUCACAUUCAUGCUGGUAGUGAACGGGUUGGUUUGCUUCAGCCUGCUCGCUCCAUUCGAGUGCUCGUCCAUUGCAGCCUGGCUACGGACCCUUGUUCCCAAUCCCUUGCUAAGUGAUGACCAAUUUAAUCUGAGCACACAGAUAGUCAGGAUCCUAGCAUACAUCCAAGCAGCCGUCAACCCCAUUGUGUACUACGUUGUACAUCCAAGCUACCGAAGCGCCUUCUUUGAGUUAUUUAAGAGGUCCAAAAGAUUUGAUCCUAACGGGAAAACCCAAUCAACACAGCUCUGUAAUACAGUUGCUUGA